CAGCCGCUUACCGCAUACCGAUGGCCGACGAUGCGCCAGCAUACGACCCGUCCCUCUCGCCGCUCGAGAUACGGUUCGAGGGUCCGCUGUUCGUGGAAUGGGAUGAAAUGGCCGUACGUUGCGCGAAUGCAGUUGGGGACAUGCGCUGGGUCCUCGGCUCGUGCAGGGAACUAGCUCUUCAUGAGACAAACGCCCUCAUUGAAGGACUCGUGAGAGCGGUGCUGGCAGUGCGCGACGCACUAGCAGAUGCUCCCGACGACUUGGCUGUUCUGAGAGAAGACCACGGGCGCGAGUGGUCGAGAAAGUAUGAUAUGAUUUUGUUUUCAUGCCGUCGGAACAUAGACAUGCUCACCCUCCAGGCCGAACACGUCCGCGACCGUCCGCCGCGGAUCAACAAGCUCAGCGGGCUGCUCGACAAGCUUUGGCGAUACGUCGAGAAGUUUGAGGACCUCGAGCGCAAACUCCGCACUAUUUACGACCACGUCCGCAUACUACACCUCCACACACGCCUACGGCACUCUCGCGAGACUGCUGCAGCCGAGGUCGCGUCCGAACGUGCACGGCGGCGAGCCUUCAGUGACGCGCACAUGCACACCCGCGACAAUCACCGCGAGCUGCGCGAGGAGAUCCGGCGGGUGCGAGACGAGGCUUGGAUACGGAGGGUAGUGCAGCCGCAGCGCGAGGUGCAACGGGCAGAUGCACUCGGCGAGCCCUUUGCGGUGUGACUUGCAAUGCCAGCCUCGGGAGAUGCACGAACCGGACGAACUGUGAUGACUGGACACGACCGUAACGACGUUUGAGAUGUAUAAUUACCUCUUCUGCAUCACCU